AUAGUGUAUGCACGGAACUAUGAAGCAGCAUCUUGUUUCCGGAGGAACAGUGCAACGGCUGCUCAGUUCCCCCAUGUGUGACCCACACUCUAGCUUGAUACUAGGGAAAAUAACAUGUGAAGCUGGAGAGCCUGGAAGUAGGGGCGCUAUGUCUCUGGCUUUAAGCAGGAUCUGCUCAUCCUACAGGAAUAGUCUUUGGAGGUCAUUGCUGGGCUGUCAGGAAGCCUUGGACAAAGUAAAUUACAUCUGCUUGAGAGCCCAGGAGACAACUUUUCAUACAUCUACGCUAGCUUCAGCUGGACAUAACAAGUGGUCUAAAGUGAAGCAUAUAAAGGGUCCAAAGGAUGCAGCCAGGGCUCAAGUGUUCGCCAAGCUGACGAUGAUGAUCAAAGUGGCUGUGAGAGAGGGCGGUCCAAACCCUGAUUUCAAUGCACAGUUGUACCAGCUGGUUGAGCAAUGCCGACAAAAGAACAUGCCAAAGUCCUCAAUCGAGGCAGCUAUCAAAGGAGCGGAUAAAUCUAAGCCCACUUCUUAUACACUGUUUCAGGCAAGAGGGCCUGGUGGCUCUGCCCUUCUUAUUGAGCUCCUGACGGAUAAUAACAAUCGGUCUUUUGCGGAUCUAAGAUUUCUUCUGAAUAACAAUGGAGGGACACCAACUGAUGGAGCCCGCCACUGCUUCACUAAAAAAGGGGUGGUGACUGUGCAGACCUGUGACCUAGAUGGCAGCCAUUUGCAACUGGAGCAGGCACUUGAUUUAGCAAUUCAGGCUGGAGCUGAAGAUGUGCAAGAGGUGCAGGAUGAGGAGGAGAGGGACAUGUACAAGUAUAUCUGUGAUUUUUCCUCAUUGCGGGAGGUCCGCUCCCAACUAAUAUCUUUGGGAUUAGUUCCAAUCUCUUCUGGACCUGAAUACUUGCCAACCAUUACUGUACAACUCUCGGACGAUGACAAGGAACGGGCUUUCCGGCUCCUGGAAUUGAUCAAUAACCAGCAAGACGUCAUGCAUGUUUAUGACAACAUCGAAUAACAGCAUCUGCCAUGCUCCUGAACUUGCUGCACCAAACGCCUUUUAUCUUUUAUAUAUAUAUAUAUAUAUAUAUAUAUAUAUAUAUAUAUAUAUAUAUAAAUAAAUAAAUAAGCAAAGUGUGAGGAACUUUCAUACUCCUAACUUAUAGGGAUCCAGCAAUGAACUCUAAUUUAUUUUCCAUGUAAAUGUGCUAUUUAAUGUGCUUUAUUAGAUGUUCACAUUGCUGGUGAUCUAAAAUUGCACUUUAUAGUAACAGGACAUGCUAAAGAUACAGCUUUGACUUAAAAUUCUUAUAGAUUAAAGGAGUUAUUUGAAGGAACACAUUUGCUGUAGAUAUGAAAAUAAGAAUUAAGACCAAGUGAAAAUGGUAUUAACAAAUUGAGUUUAAAAAACUUACAGAUUUUAAUGUCAGGAGGACUAUAAUAAUGUUGGCCGUGCAAUUUCAUAAUAGCUCCCUUCAGCUGCCUAAGUGGAAUCUUUAAAACAUUAUACAAAUAGUUCUUAUUUCGAUUAAUACUCCUGGCCUCAUAUUAUAAUCUAGCGACCCCUAAUUACAAUUUGCAUACUAAUUAAAAGUAUGCAAAUUGUAUUCAAAAUAAUAAACGUUUAGGAAAAGGUUGUAUCAUAAUUAUACAUGGCCUAAAAUGUAAUCAGUUCACUUACUACUAAAUUAUGUCAAACUAAUAUAUUAACUGUAUAUAUAAAGUUAAGAAUAUACAUUUGAGGUGGAAGAAAAAACUGCCAUCAGACAGCAGAAUACAAGUCCCUUUUAUAUUCCACACAUCCAGGGGCGGAUUUAGGGGUGAGACCACCUCUAGGCACAACAAUUAAGGCGGCCGCCUGCCUAAUUUUACUAUUUUUAUUGAUUGGUUACAAGCUUUUAUUUGAUGAUAGCCAAUUUAAUGGAAUAAAAAACCAAGCCAUUAACUAUGA